AUGGUAAAACGUGAAGAGCUUGGGAUGGGAGAGGAAAAGUUGGAGAAGGAGGCUCUUGUUAAAGGAGUUCCAACAGGACAAGCUCUUGACAUAGAAAUUCCUCCUCCUCGCCCCAAAAGAAAACCAAGUAAUCCAUAUCCUCGAAAGCCUGGUACAGGAGCUCCUACUUCACAUGUGGAAUCAAAGGAUGGGAAACUAUCAACAUUAGUUUCUUCUUUGUGCCCUGACGAAGAUGUGCUGGACUUGGAGAAAGAACCCCUUUCCAAGAAACCUGGCGAUGAUGAAACCCAAGGAAAUACCAUAGAAAACCGGGAUGAGAAUUGCUCUGAAGUUUUUACCCUUUUCCAAGAAACAACCUGUACCUCCCUGUCUUCUGCAAAUAAAAAUUCCUUGCCACCCUUGGCGCCCAGCAAUUUAUGCAAUUUGAGGGAGUUUGUGCCAAUCUUGAAAGAGGCAAUCAACCAGGAUGAAACAAAUGAAUCUCACCUUUCCAUUGGACCCAAUGGAAAUCAGGCAUUUCAGGGUAAUGACGCAGGCACCAUCUCAAACUCGGGAAACUCUCGCCCCUCACAUGAGAAAUUGGUUCGUGGCAAAAAAAUGGAUGAUCUGAACCAGCCUGAAAACUUUAGUUCUUUUUCGACUAUUGACAUGCAAGCUAUCCAGAACUAUCCAAGACAUGUACCUGUGCACAUUCUAGAUGUGAGUCCGGGAAUGAGUCCUCAAAGUGUUUCACAAGAUCUGUCACACCAAGAAUCCAUUUUCCAACAAAUGAGGAAAGUUGAUGGACAGCCCAACCUACUCACAAAUCCCGCUGCAUCUGCUACUACGGAAAAUGAUAGAAAUGCAUCUAGAUCCCCCAUUCAUCCAUCAUUUCCUUCUUUUCAUCCGCUUUUCAACCCAAUCCCAAACAAUCAAGAUGAUUACCGAUCAUAUCUCCACAUUUCCUCCAUGUUUUCGAAUUUUAUUGUAUCUACUCUGCUACAAAACCCAGCAGCCCACGCUGCUGCCAGUUUUGCAGCUACAUUCUGGCCCUAUGCAAAUGUGGAAAAUUCUGCAGAUUCUCCUGCAGGUGCUGCUGGAGGUUUUCCAUCACGGAAGAUCAAUUCUGCUCCUAGUAUGGCAGCAAUUGCCGUGGCUACAGUAGCAGCUGCAAGUUCAUGGUGGGCAGCCCAUGGACUGCUUCCUUUGUGCCCUCCCUUUCACCCUGGCUUUGCCUGCACUCCUCCAUCUGCUACUGCAUGUGAAAGACAAAUGGACAAGAGUCAAGCUAGAGCAGCCAACAUCAAAAGAAGGGAGGACACUUCUGAUCCUGCCUUGCAAGGUUCACAUUUGGACCCAGUAUACAAUGAAGCUUUGCAAGAAUAUUCAGCUUCUAAAUUACCAAUGUCAUUAUCAGACUCUGAGGAGAGUGAAGAUGCAAAGCCACAUACUGGAUUUACUGCUGCUGAUACUGAGCAAGCUGCAACGACAACUGAGCUUCAUGAUUCAAACAUGAUGAAGAGCAGAAUACAGGUGGGCCGUUCUUCAUGUGGUUCAAACACACCUUCUAGCAGUGAAAUAGAGACAGAUGCUUUAGACGAGCAUGGGAAACAUAAGGAACAGUCAAAAGAACUUGAUAUAAGUCAUCCAAUUGGUGACUCCGGUAAUCGACGUGGUAAAAGCUGCAGCAACACAAAUGAUUCCUGGAAGGAGGUUUCCCAAGAGGGGCGGCUGGCUUUUAAGGCUCUGUUCUCCAGAGAAGUAUUGCCACAAAGCUUUUCUCCUCCACAUGCUCUGAAAAAUAAGGAGCACCAGAACGAGGCAAAUGAGAAAGACAAAGAUGCAUCAAAGUUGGACCUCAACCGCAAAACAUGGGGAAUUUCUACCAGUCAUCAAGUAGUAGAGAAGAGUACAUUCUUUAGAGAGAAAGAGGAGGGGGAAGUGGGGCUACUGACAAUGGGGCUUGGGCAUGGGAAGCUCAAGGCCUGUCGAACAGGAUUUAAACCUUACAAAAGGUGCUCAAUGGAGGCCAAGGAGAUCAGGGUGGCCAGUGCCCCCAGCCAAGACGAAGAGAAAUGUCCCAAGAGAUUACGCUUGGCAGGGGAGGCUUCAACCUGA